AUCACUUGGUGACGCACUUGUCCAAAUCCAAAUCCUCCUGCCUCACUAAUCUUGUACUAAUCCAGCUGAAAAAUGAUUGGAUAAAGCUUUCCCCUUUUUAUCCGUCCGGUGGCGAGGGUCCCAGGUGACCAUCUCCAGUUUGUUCAUGUGUGGUAGGUGUGCUUCUUGAACAGCCUACUUGGUUGGAUUCGACAGCGACAGAUGAUGUGGAAUGGAAGAUGGGAAAAAGCAAGAAGAAAACCGCUGCUUAGUUAGUUGCCUGCUAAUCAAGGAACUGCUGGUGGUGGAGCUGCUGAAUGCCAGCAGGGUGCCCUACGUCUGGUGGCACAGUUGUGCUUCUCCAUCAACUCCAGACGUGUGCCUUCUCUUCCAUUUUCUAAGAGAAAAAACAUUCUACUUGUUGGCAAGUGCUUCCUGCCUCUGUUCAAAGAUUUCAGCUUUGGUUGGCAAGUGCGAGACGCAAAGGACAAGAAAGGUAGAAGAAGAAAGGAGCUUCGGCGCUGCUGGUUGGAGGUUGCUCCGGUUCUCGCAUGCUCAAUACCCUUCCAGGUCAGGCAUCAAAAGAUUUUGGUCCCUGCAACCUGCAGGCUAGGUGUUUGUGGAAUUGCCUCCUUCAAUCGCAACAGCAGCAGAGCGUAGGCUAAAGGGGAAAGGAGGACAGGGAAACCAGGAUGGCCAUGCCGUGGGGGCUCGCGGCGCACAUAGUGGACAUGGUGUGGGCGGUCCUCGCCGGGUGGGUGUCGACGUGCCUGGUAGUCGCCAACGAGAUAGCCCGCGCCAUGCGGGGUGGGGAGAUUGGCCCCUUCAUUGUGGGCUGAAUCUCAUUUGACUUCUCAACUGAUUCUUUCAUGCAGAUAGUUUUCGUUUGGAACAUCCUGCCCAUUGAUACAUUUUGGGUAUUAUAAUGUACAGAGUCCAUAAAUCUCGAUUAGUGUUGAACUGAACGACGGCCAUCAACAGAAGUCACAGGCUCUAGAUGAUGAUUUUUUUUUCUGUUCUGUAUGAUAAUCCUGUAAAUUUUGUACCAUUGCAUAAGAACAAUAAUGUUAUGUCCUUUUUCCCCUUCUA